AGGAGAAAAAGACAAUUAGAAAUGCAUUUCUGAUCCAGCUCGAGAAAGAAAGUCAGAAAUGGACAGACAUCUUCCCUGCGGAGAAGACAACAGAAGCAGGAAGAAGGGAUGAGAGGGCAGAGAGAAGAAGAGAGACAAUCACUGCCUUUGGAGUUUAGAAGCAGCACAGUUAUGAGGACCUUGGAAUAAUCAGAAGGGAAGCCCUGGGGCCGUGUGCCCAACGUGACUUGGGGGGGCAGCCCAUUUUAUGCCCCUAAAUCGCUCCCUCCUCCUAGCCUGUCACCUUCCAUACUUUCCCCUUCUCCUCAACAAGUCCCGGGUCUACAGGAACCCGCAGCUGCUCCGAGAUCGUGCCUAUUUCAGGCUGGCGUCAUCCCUUUCCUGAUGACGUCUCUCAACAUUUAUCUCCAGCACCAAGAACACAGACUUCAGGGGCCUAAAGAGAGGAACAUACUUCAGAUCCCUCCCCACCUCCCAGCUCCUCCCACCGGUGCUUGCCUUUAGAGUCCAAACACCUCUCCGUGUUCAGCCUCUGUUCGGCCGCCGUAGAAUAGGCCUGCGCCUGCGCAGGCAAACCAAGCAGAAGGUUAAGAUGGCGGCUUCCAUCGUUGUGUCCCGGGGAAUCCGGUGGCUGGGGGCAGCGGCCCAGCGGGUUACCCCUCUGGGGACCCGGGCAGCCUCGGGCCUCAGCAAGGACAUGCUCCCGGGACCGUACCCCCGCACGCCAGAGGAGCGCGCCGCUGCCGCCAAGAAGUACAACAUGCGAGUGGAGGACUAUGAGCCCUAUCCGGACGACGGUUUCGGGUUUGGUGACUAUCCCAAGCUUCCCGAACGAUCUCAGCAUGAACGAGACCCAUGGUAUGACUGGGACCAUUCAGAACUGAGACUGAACUGGGGUGAACCGAUGCACUUUGACCUUGAUAUGUAUACUCGGAAUCGUGUGGAUACAUCCCCCACACCUGUCUCCUGGAACACUAUGUGCAAGCAUUUAUUUGGCUUUGUCGGCUUCAUGCUGUUCAUGUUCUAUUUAGGAGAGGUGUACCCAUCCUAUCAGCCUGUGGCUCCAAAGCAAUAUCCUUAUAACAACCUGUACCUGGAACGUGGAGGUGAUCCUUCAGUAAAUCCAGAGCCUGUGAAACACUAUGAAAUCUAAAGGAUCCAGCCUGCAGGACCAUUUGCUUUCUUCUGCACAAGCCUACUGGAUCAUGAAGAUUUAACCUUAAUGAAAUACCUAAUGAGACUCCA